UCCAUUUAAGAGCUUUAUUUGGUAAAGAUGGGUUCAGUUGAAGCCAGUAAACCCCAUGCAGUUUGCGUCCCAUUCCCAGCACAAGGGCAUGUCACCCCCAUGAUGCGAUUAGCCAAGCUCCUACACUGGAGGGGUUUCCACAUAACCUUUGUCAACACCAAGUUUAACCACAUGCGACUAGUCCGGUCCAAAGGACCCGACUACAUAAAGCGCUUACCGGAUUUCCGGUUUGAAGCUAUACCCGAUGGGUUGCCACCGUCCGACCGAGAUGCAACCCAAGAUGUCCCAUCUCUAUUUUAUUCCACAAGAAAAAAUUGUUUGGCCCCGUUUAAAGAGCUUGUGCUUAAGCUUAACUCCUCGUCUGAAGUGCCUCCAAUCACUUGCAUAAUUUCCGAUGGCAUUACAGGUUUUGGUCGUGAAGCUGGAAAAGAGUUAGGCAUUCCGGAGGUUCAAUUUUGGACUGCUUCAGCUUGUGGCUUCAUGGGAUAUCUGAACUUCAGUGAACUCGUCAAAAGAGGCAUUAUUCCCUUCACAGACGAAAGCUUCAGAGAUGACGGCACACUUGACACACCAAUUAGCUGGAUUCCUUGCAUGAAAAACAUCCGGCUCAAGGACUUCCCUAGCUUCAUGAGAAUCACUGAUAUUAAUGAAAUCAUGUUCGACUUUUUGGGAUCAGAAGCACGAAAUUGCUUGGAUUCUUCUACGAUCAUCUUCAACACAUUUGAUGAAUUUAAAUAUGAAGUACUAGAAGCAAUUUCAGCCAUGUUCUCCCGCAUUUACAUUAUAGGUCCGCUUCCCUUAUUAGGCCGGCAUGUGCCAGAUAACCAACUCAUGUCCUUAAGUUCAAGCUUAUGGAAAGAAGACUUAGAAUGUCUCCAAUGGCUUGAUAAAAGGGAACCUAAAUCUAUUGUGUACGUAAACUACGGUAGCAUUACCGUGAUGACCGAACACCAUUUGAAAGAGUUUGCAUGGGGGCUUGCAAAUAGCAAGCACCCAUUUUUGUGGAUAGUUAGGCCAGACGUGGUAAUGGGAGACUCUGCAAUUUUACCUGAAGAAUUUUUUAAGGAGAUUAAAGAUAGGGGAUUGCUAGUAAGUUGGUGCCCCCAAGAGCAAGUGCUUUCACACCCAUCAAUAGGGGUUUUCCUAACACAUUGUGGAUGGAACUCUACAUUAGAAAGCAUAUGCAGUGGUGUGCCUGUUAUUUGUUGGCCAUUUUUUGCUGAGCAACAAACUAAUUGUCGGUAUGCUUGUACCACCUGGGGAAUUGGCAUGGAGGUCAACCAUGAUGUAAAACGUGAUGAGAUUGAAGCACUUGUUAAAGAAAUGAUGGAAGGGGAUAAGGGGAAGGCGAUGAGGCAAAAGACACUAGAAUGGAAGCAGAAAGCACUGGAAACUACUGAUAUUGGAGGUUCAUCUUACCAAAGUUUUGAAAGGUUAAUUAAGGAGGCUCUCCAUCACAUCAAAGUUAUGUGACCAUGUCCUCUAAAAACAUAUUACAAUAUAGUCUUUUUCUCUUUCCCUGCCAUAAGAGAGGAGGGUGUGUUUGGUAAAUGUUUUUGAGAUCUUUUUUUUUUUUUUUUUUGUUUUUGUUUUUUUCAGUAAUAAGAAGUUAUUGAUGUGAAAUAAUUAAAGUAUAAAGAUUUUUUGAAUUUUUUGUAU